CGCCUCCUCUUCAGCCGCGGCGGCGAGAGCAGAAACAGGCCAGCAAUGAUCGCUCCAGGCCCUCCCGAGCAUCGCGUCCGGCCGCGCCGGGCAGUAUCUGCCGUGGCGCUAGCUCUCGUCGUGUCGACCUUCCUUCUCUACGCCGCUCAGCGCACGGGCGCCAGUUCGCUGACGUCCGGCUCGUGCACGCUCAGCGGCGGCGAGGCAGUUCUCGACGGCUGGCACGGCAAGGACACGGGCGCAAACGAGUGCAACAGCUGCUUUUGCGACAAAGGCCGGAUGGCCUGCACCCGAAUGGCGUGCGCCGCGCACCUUCCCACCGAGGGGCUGGCGCAGCAGGGCGAGACGUGCGAUGGUUUCGACGAGACCACCGGCAAGGCGUUCCCGAGCUGUGCGCAGGGACUCGUCUGCCAGUCUGUUGACGAAAUGGUGUCGAUUCCAGGGGCCGGCAAGAAGUGCACGCCGGUGGCUGACACAGUCACGGAGCGGCGCUUCGGGCGGUUUGGCCGGCGGCCCGGCGGCGGGCUGGCUGUGGGCAUGAUGGGCGGCAUGCUGCUCGGGUCCGCGAUGUCGCAGCGGCCUACUACCGUCGUGUACGAAGCUCCACAGCAGCCGUGCCCGUAUGGGAGGUACUCGCCCGCGUGCAAGAACUGGGGGAGCGGCAAUGCCCCCGCUUACGAACCCGGGACGACGGGGCCUUCCCAAAACAACCCGCUGUACGGGAUCGCAGGCUGAUGCUCGCCAUUGUAUGCGGGACGUGCAUGUGCAUGUCCUGGUCGUACUCGAGUACGUGUGGUGAGCGGGCGUCAUCGACAUGGACCUCCUCAGCCCGGGUGCGAGCGCGACGCCGAUUCCAGGCGCGGAGCUGCUCGGCGAUCUGUUAGACGGUUGAGCGUUCCCGUGGAUGUUACAGGUGCGGUGGAGCGGACGUGCGUCAGUGGUCAGACUCAGACUGCAGCGUGUAAAGUGUGUGUAGCUGUAGGGCCACGAAGACACGAGACUACAGACUUG